CCGUACUGGCAAUGAAUAUAUCAGAACUCGGUUUUGCUUCGAUUUUUGUGUUGUAUGCGUUCUAUUCGAUAUAAUUCAAUAGUUUGAUAUCAAUCUGUCCGUGAUUAAAUAGUGUCCUGAUUCGGUAUGCCGCCGGUGGACAGUUCUCCAAGAGGAGAUAUGAACGGAUUCGAGCAGAUAUGCUCGUUGAAAUGCAACGAUACGAUUCCGUUCCAUAUGUACAGAUCCGCAAAUACCGGAAUGACUGUUUGUAUUGCAGAAGUGGAAGGACCAGUUGUCAAUGGUUACUUCUUUCUUGCAACUGAAGCAUUUGAUGAUGAUGGCCUUCCUCAUACACUGGAGCAUCUUAUUUUCAUGGGCAGUCAGGAAUAUCCCUACAAAGGCAUUUUAGAUCUCUGGGCUAAUAGAUGCCUGGCAUCUGGCACCAAUGCUAGCACUUAUCCCGAUCACACUUGUUAUACUAUGAAAACAGCAGGUAGUGAAGGAUUUCUUUCUCUGAUGCCAAUAUAUCUGGAACACAUACUUUACCCUACUCUACAGGAUACAGCAUUUCUUACAGAGGUACAUCAUAUUACUGGUAAAGGUGAAGAUGCUGGUGUAAUUUAUUGUGAAAUACAGGGUACAGAAAAUACAGGAGAAGACAUGGUAAAUAGAGAAGUGUUGAAAGAAUGUUAUCCUGGAAGAUGUGGAUAUAAAGCAGAUGUUGGAGGUGUAUUGAAAAACUUGCGCGAAAGCACCACUAAUGAAAAAGUCAAACAGUAUCACAAGGAGUUUUAUAAGCCAGAAAACUUGACUGUAUUAAUAACAGGUCAAAUAAAACACGUUGAAGUUUUCCAAGCAUUAAUUCCUUUAGAACAGAAAAUAAUGUUGCAGGGGAAGAAAGAUACAUUUAAAAGACCUUGGCAAACUCCGAUUGAACCGCUCACACAGAGCGUAGAUUUAGAUGUUUGUUACCCAUGUGAUGACGAAGACAAUGGUAUAGUACGCGUUGCUUGGCGAGGACCAUCAGCAGUUAAUCAAGUGUACGACUUGCUUGGUUGUAUAUUACUCUUGAAAUAUCUCACUGAUACAUCUAUUAGUCCGUUGCAAAAAGAAUUUGUUGAGAAAAUCGAUCCUUAUGCCAGCAAUGUGUGUUGGAGUUUGUUAGAAUUCUCUGUUUCGAUCUUGUAUGUCAUUUUCGAGAAUGUACCAGUGGGUAAAAUCCAUCUGGUUAAAGGAUCCCUGGUGAAAGUACUUAGCGAUUUAUGUUGCGUUGACAAUGGCAUAGACAUGAAAAGGAUGAAGACUCUGAUACACCGAUACAGCGUUGAGAUACUAAGUCUCUUGGAAAACAAUCCAUGUUCUUUAAUCACAGACAGCGUCAGUGGACAUAUAUUGUAUGGAAAUACAAAUGAUGAUUUGGAUCAAAGACUAAAUAAUUUACGCGAUCUCAAAAAAUUAGAAAAUGAAUCCGAGACAUAUUGGUUAAAUCUUCUUAAGAAUUAUUUUGUUAACGCACCGAUGGUUGUUGUGAACGGCAUACCUAGUGUAGAAAAACAACGCACGUUGGCGCAAGAAGAGAAAGAACGAAUAGCCGAACAAAUCGCAAAGUUGGGCCCAAGUGGUUUAGAGCAGAAAGAGUUAGAACUUCAGCAAGCUAUCAAGGAAAAUGAAAAACCUGUACCUGACGAAUUACUAGCAAAUGUGCCUAUACCUAGCGCAAGUUCCAUUACUUUUCAUCAUAUUAAGAGCUACACUACGGAAACUCUUGAACAACAUCCUAGAUUAGAUGUUACAAAGUUGCCAUUUUUUACUUAUUUAGAUCAUGUCAAUACGAACUUCGUUUAUCUGAGAAUUAUUAUGGACACUUCUUCUAUCAGUAGAGAAUAUAUAAAGUAUAUUCCGCUAUUGCUGGAAGUUAUUACAGAAUCUCCGAUAAGAAAAGGUGACGAUCUGAUUCCUCACGAAGAAGUGGUAGCUUUACUCGAGGCUGAUAUUAAAGCAAUUUAUGCUAACAUUGGUCUUUGUGGCAAGAGAUUCUACAGUGGAGUCUACAGUCACAGUGUGAACUUGAUGUUUGAAGUUGAAUUAGAGAAGUAUGAAAGAAGUGUACAGUGGAUUGCGCAGCUUUUAUACGACACCGAACUAACGGCUGAGAGAUUAAAAAUUGUAGCAGCAAAAAUGGUGAACGAUGUUGCUCAAUUAAAGAGAUAUGGAUAUAGAAUUGUAUAUGAAUUAAUGAGAGGAUUGUUAUAUAAAAAAGACAGCAAUCAGUUCACAUCUAGCAUGUUGCGACAGCAGAAGUUUCUCAAUGACGUCAUAGAACGUCUAAAUACCGAUGCGGGGCAGAAGGAAGUCAUAGCGGAAAUCGAAUCUGUCAGGAAGACGUUGACCUCAUCGAAGAAUAUAGUUUUGCACAUAGCCGCCAAUGUCGAUAAGUUAACGAUGCAGGUUCCAGAUGUCUAUGCUCCAUGGAAUACAUAUUUUUCUGAUUUAACGACUUCAGAAAAGACAAAACUUAAUGUUACCGCUGACUGGACACUGAUGAAUCCUGCGGAUAGUAUUACCAUAGGUGGGUGUGUUACAGGAUUGGGAUGCGAAGAUUCUUCGUUCAUGUAUCAAAUGUGUCCGUGCAUAACCAAUUAUCAAGAUCCCGAUUUGCCAGCUUUGUAUGUCUGUCUGCAAUAUUUUACACAAACGGAAGGACCUAUGUGGAGAUUAAUUCGAGGUCAAGGAUUUUCGUAUGGAUUUGAACUUUCUCUGGUACCGAACGAAGGACUGUUAUGUCUGACUUUCUAUAGAGCUACUAAUGUAGUAGCCGCGUACAAAGAGACAAAAUCGAUAGUGGAGACGCAUGUUGCCGACGAAACAAAAUGGAGCAAACUGCUUUUUGAAUCAGCAAAAUCGUCCAUCAUCUUCGGCUUUAUUGCAAAUGAGGAAACCAUAAGGGACGUGACGUUCAGAUCGUUGCUGUCUUAUUUUAGAAACGUACCGCGUGAUUAUAAUCAUCAGAUGAUACGGCGUCUUUCCGCCGUUACUAUGGACGACAUGAUUCGCGUGGCAGCUUUGUACGUCACGCCGUUGUUCGAUCCGAAAAAAUGCAAAACCACCAUUGUCUGUCAUCCCUCUAAAGUCGCCGAAAUAGGAGAAGCUUUCACAGGGUAAA